AUGGCGAAUAAACCAAAAGUUUUGAUUACACGACCGGAUAUUCCUGGUAAAGGAUUAAAUCUUCUCCACGAACAAUGUGAUGUUAUCUUAUGGAACAAGCAAACUCCUAUUCCUCGCUCAGAAUUAUUAUCAAAAGUGCUUGGAGUAUCUGCUAUAUUUUGUACAUUGACUGAUAAAAUAGAUGAAGAAAUAUUAAAUGCAGCAGGAGAACAAUUACAAGUAGUUGCUACAAUGUCAGUUGGUACAGAUCAUUUAGAUUUAAAAGCAUUAAAAAAUAAGAAUAUUAAAGUUGGAUAUACACCGGACAUAUUAACUAAUGCUACAGCUGAAUUAAUUGUAGGAUUGCUCUUAGCAACUUCCAGAAGAUUAUUGGAAGCAAAUAAAGCAAUCUAUAGAGGUGAAUGGAAAGCUUGGGCACCAACAUGGAUGUGUGGUACAGGAUUAUCAAAAUCAACUGUUGGUAUUGUUGGACUUGGUCGCAUUGGAUGUAAAGUAGCUGAGUGCUUAAAACCUUUUGAUGUAUCUAGAAUUUUAUAUACGAGUAGAACUGUAAAACAAGAUGCUUCUAAAUUUAAUGGAGAAAAAGUUGAAUUAGAUAAGUUACUCGAAGAAAGUGACUUUAGAUCUGCUAUAUUUAUUAAUGCUAGUCGUGGAGAAGUUAUCAACCAAAAAUCAUUAAUAGAAGCUUUAAAAAAGGGUACCAUUAAAGCUGCUGGUUUGGAUGUUAUGACACCUGAGCCCAUUCCAUUGGAUAAUGAACUUUUAAAAUUAGAUAACUGCGUGGUUUUACCUCAUAUUGGAAGUGCUACUAUCGAAACAAGAGAAGAAAUGGCAAAAAUUACAGCAGAAAAUAUAUUAGCCGUUUUAAAAGGCGAUAAAAUGCCAGCACCACUUAAUCUAUAA